AUACGGAUAAAGUGUUUAGGCGAAUUCGAUGAGGAGAAGUAGGAAAAUCGACGGUGAAUGAGAUAAUUAAGUGAAUCCAAAAUUAAGAAAUUGACUACGGAUUAUCGAAGAUAUACGAAGGUGAGGGGAGAUGAAGAAGAAGAGGUAUCAUUGAUGAAUGAAAAAGAAGGGGCUACGCUUUUAAGAAAUAGUUAGGCGAAAACGGAGAAGGAGUAAGAAAGAAAGGAGGUCCUAGGUUCGAAUCCCUUAAUUAGUACCUUAAUUACAAAAUGAAACCUAUAUCACCCUUAUAAAAAAAAAAGGAGAGGAAGGACAUAGGGACACAUUUGGAAAUAGAAGGAAGAAAACGUGGUAAUGUCAAAUUACUAGGGGGAGAUGUAGUAUUCUCAAUUACAAUGAAUGUGGUAAUUGAAGCCAAUUUCCACGGUCCAAUUCCCAUACCUUUUUGCGCUGCCAAACGUGGGUUUUUAACCCAAUUACUGCAUUAUGUGGUAAUUGGGUCCAAUUACUGCAUUAAAUUUCCACAUCCAAACGACCCCUUAAAGUAUUGUUGAUUUCUAGAAAUAAAGUUUAAGCAUUAGCUCGAGACCCGGGCGGCUUGCCGGCCGGGCCCUGGGCCCUGGCUACAAGCCCACAACCCAACUAAAUCAAGCAGCCAUUCAAAAAGUACACACGAUGAGAUGACACGAAAAAUCAAAACGAAUAAACAGAAAUAAAAACGGAGAAAGAAAAGAGAAGUAGCCGUUGCCGCAAUUCAAAAUGAAAAAACCCAUUUGAUUUUGUUACUUACUAAAUGCGCACAGAAACACGGGCAGAGCGCAUUUCGUUCCCGAAGAGAAGAACAAAUUCAGAGAGACUCUCAUUGAAGCUCUUCAAAACUCCUCCGAUCUCCCGCUCGCUCUUUGCAUCUCCUACGUUCCCUGGAUCUGCUUCAUACCUGCAUUCCCUCUCUUGAUUUGGUGAGUUUUGCCUAGUUGUUUUAAGCUUAAUUACUACCAUUUCCUUCUCCGUCAGCUUCCAUUGCUUACUUAUGGAAAGAAAUUAGGGUUUGUUUAUGAAGUUUCCUUGUACGACUAGAUCAAUCGAUCUGGCCCUUCUCUGCUUAAAUUUUGAAAUUCACUGAUCUCUACUCAGAUACUCGAGAAAGGAAACUUUCACUUACUCUUAAUUCGAGGACUAGGGUUUGACACAAUUCUGGUUUAAUUUUGGUAAUUCCGGCGGAGUCGAGGAAAAUUUCGUCAGUUCGAAUUUGUUGAAAUUGCUAGGUUUCAGGAGCCGGAUUCACUUUCAUAAAUGGCAUAUAUUUUAUUUGCUGAAAUGAUUAUUUAUGGCAGGUAGUUUAAAAUUCCCGGUCUAGAUCAUAAAAAGGGGAAAGUGAGAAUGUAUGGGAAGGCACCUGGAACGCCAGUUUCAAAGAUUGAGAACAGAACCCCUGCAUCAACUCCAGGGGGAGGAGGGAGUAAAGCAAAAGAGGAGAAGAUUGUAGUUACAGUACGUUUACGGCCUUUGAACAGAAAGGAGCAACUAGCAAAGGACCAAGUAGCAUGGGAAUGUGUGGAUGAACAGACCAUUGCUUACAAGCCCUCUCCCCAGGAGCGCUCAGCUCAACCGGCUUCUUUCAGUUUCGAUAAAGUGUUUGGUCCUACUUGUGUAACGGAGUCUGUGUACGAGGAUGGCGUAAAGAACAUUGCCCUCUCUGCUUUGAUGGGAAUUAACGCAACUAUCUUUGCUUACGGGCAAACAAGCAGCGGGAAGACUUACACAAUGAGAGGCAUAACUGAAAAAGCUGUUCAAGACAUUUACAACCAUAUAAAAAACACGCCAGAGAGGGACUUCACGAUAAGGAUGUCAGGGCUGGAGAUAUACAAUGAAAAUGUGAGAGAUUUGUUGAAUUCGGAAUCUGGACGUAGUCUUAAGCUUCUAGAUGAUCCAGAGAAAGGAACCGUAGUUGAGAAGCUGGUGGAGGAAACAGCAAGCGACGAUACACAUUUGAGGCAGUUGAUCAGUGUGUGUGAAGCCCAAAGGCAAGUUGGUGAAACUGCACUCAAUGAUACUAGUUCCCGAUCUCAUCAAAUUAUAAGGCUGACGAUACAGAGUACUCUACAUGAGAAUUCCGAUUGUGCGAGGUCGUUUGUUGCAAGCUUGAAUUUUGUGGAUCUUGCUGGGAGUGAAAGGGCUUCACAGACCCAUGCUGAUGGUACUAGGCUGCGAGAAGGUUGCCAUAUCAAUCUUAGCCUGAUGACCCUAACUACAGUAAUCAGAAAACUAAGUGUUGGGAAGAGAAGUGGCCACAUACCCUACAGAGACUCGAAGCUUACACGCAUACUGCAGCACUCACUUGGCGGAAAUGCUCGUACUGCCAUCAUAUGUACUUUAAGCCCUGCACUGACACAUGUCGAACAAUCCCGAAAUACUCUUUAUUUUGCAAUACGAGCCAAGGAAGUUACAAAUAAUGCACAAGUCAACAUGGUUGUGUCGGACAAGCAGCUUGUUAAGCAUUUACAGAAGGAAGUGGCGAGGCUGGAAGCAGAACAGCAGCGCUCUACUGACCCUUCAAGUGACAAAGACUUGAAAAUCCAGCAGCUGGAGAUGGAAGUUGAGGAAUUGAGGCGCCAAAGAGACCUUGCGAAAUAUGAGGUGGAUGAGUUACGAAGAAAAAUGGAAGAGGAGCAACAACAGGUGAGCAGUAAAGUAGAAGAAUCAACUUGCCCAUCUGUGAAGAAGUGUCUAUCUUACUCAGAAUCAUUGCUGCUUAAACCGGAGGGCAAGGACUUAAAGCGCAGUGAGAAGAUUAGAAAAAUGACGACCCUAAGGCAGUCCAUGCGAUCAUCAUCAGCUGCACCAUUCACCCUGAUGCAUGAAAUUCGAAAACUCGAACACCUUCAGGAGCAACUUGGGGAAGAAGCAAACCGUGCUCUUGAAGUACUGCAGAAGGAAGUUGCUUGUCAUAGACUAGGCAACCAAGAUGCAGCUGAGACGAUUGCCAAACUGCAAGCUGAGAUAAGGGAAAUGCGUUCCCUUCCACAGCUUCCGAAGGAAGUUCAAAUUGGAAGCGUGAUGAUACCAACCAACAAGAGUGUCAGCGCUAAUUUGAAAGAGGAAAUAACAAGACUUCAUUCACAAGGAAGCACCAUUGCAAAUCUCGAAGAGCAACUGGAGAACGUCCAGAAGUCGAUCGACAAGCUGAUGAUGUCUCUACCAAGCAAUAAUACCCCAGAAUUGAACUUUGAGUCACCAGCUUCCAAUUCUAAGAGUCAGCACAAGAAGAAGAAGACACUCCCUUUAUCCCCAAGCAACAGUGGUAUAAGGCAGAACUUCAUCCGAUCUCCCUGUUCGCCUUUGUCAUCGUCAAGGCAAGUAUCAGAGAACGACAGAGAGAACCGAGCACCGGAGAAUGGUGACGUCCUUGUGUCCAAUGUGAACUCACAGCAAGAGUAUGCAAAGCAGCAGACUACUCCACUGAAGAGUGAAGAAUGUGGAGGCGUGUCAUCCAAGGAAGGUGUCUCCCCCGGCUAUCGACGUUCAAGUUCCGUCAACAUGAAGAAGAUGCAGAAGAUGUUCCAGAACGCAGCUGAGGAAAACGUGAGAAGCAUCAGAGCGUACGUGACAGAACUGAAGGAACGAGUUGCAAAACUCCAGUAUCAAAAGCAGCUGCUAGUUUGUCAGGUGCUAGAACUGGAAGCGAAUGAGGCAGCUGGGUACAACAUCGAGGAGGAGGAGGAGGAGGAAACGAUGAUGAUCGAUCCGGUCGAACCACAAGUUCCAUGGCAUGUGACCUUCAGGGAGCAGAGGCAACAGAUCAUAGAACUGUGGGAUAUCUGCUACGUGCCAAUCAUCCACAGAACACAAUUCUACUUGCUGUUCAAAGGGGAUCCAGCCGACGAGAUAUACAUGGAGGUGGAACUCAGGCGGCUGACAUGGUUGCAGCAGCAUUUGGCCGAGCUCGGCGAUGCAAGCCCUGCUCGUGUCGUUGGUGCAGCAGACGAGCCGACGGUUUCCCUUUCAUCAAGUAGGAGAGCGUUGAAGCGCGAGAGGGAGUUCCUGGCGAAGAGGCUGACGCGGUUAGGUGUGGAGGAGAGGGAGGCGUGGUUAAUGAAAUGGGACGUGCCAUUGGAUGGGAAGCACAGGAGGUUGCAGUUCAUCAGCAAGCUGUGGAGAGAUCCUCACGAUUCGAGGCACGUACAGGAAAGUGCAGAGAUUGUUGCGAGGCUGGUUGGGUUGUACCAAGGAGGCAAUUUGUCCAAGGAGAUGUUCGAGCUCAACUUUGCACCGCCUUCUGGUAAAAGGCCGUGGUGGGCUAUGGAAUGGAACCAGAUUUCCAACCUCCUUAACCUUUGAGAGAAUGUUAGACAGUAGCUAGUUUUAGAUUUCCGAUUUGUACAUGCAAAAAAAAACAGCGCAACUCCAUUGGUUUCUUGCAUUGUGGAACCUACUUUCUUCAUUUCUGCUGUCUAGGGUUGUUUUACUCAUUCAUCGAUGGGGCACUAUACGUAAUGUGUAUAGUGCUGUAAGGUUCCCUUCAUAAAAAUUCUUUCUCCUCUGUGGUUACUGGUAAGAGGGUGUAGUUAGCGAUGGCAAUGGGACGAGGGCGGUACCUCCAUAUCCAUAUUUGUUCCGGAUCAAGUGUGGGACGUACAAGGUAAUAUCCGUACGCGCGCGUACGAGUCAGAUUAAUAGAACAAUUUUUAUAUAUUAUUUAAUAAAAAUGUUAAUAUUUAACUUUUUUUUAUAAGAAGAUUUGAGAUAUCACUUCAUAAAUGAAUAAAAGAUAUAGUGUAACGAAUAAUUGAGUUUUAAUAGUUAAAAGAUAGUAGUAAAAUUUCAGUUACAUAUUUACUAGUUUGCUAUAUACGGAUUGUAGUUUUGAUUUUCAAAUUUACGGUAUGUGAUGUUGUUAAACUAUUUGUACUGAUUGUUUAUGUAUAUUAAUCUCAUGCCACUAGCGCUUUAAAAUAAGCUAGUUUGAUUCAA